GGCCAGGCUCACGCUAAGGCUCGAGAUCUUGGCCGAUGCCCGGGCUCCAGGAAGGAUCCAGGAUGAGCAGCGGGCGAGAGGAUGGUCUCGCACCUCUUGCCUACCGGCUUGGGUCGCACGUAACCUAACAGACCUCUCGGGCCUAGCGUGCCAUCGGCAUCGCCAUACCGGUCUAAUAUGGCCGCUGAUGCUAGGACCGGACCCGCGCGUAAAGAGCCAGGGCCAAGGUCCGGAGCCGGAGACCGCUCCCGGCAUUCCUCGCGGGUGUAGCGUGGGUUCCCUUCCCCCAUUUCCGGGUCCCAGGAGAGGGAGACCCUGGGGUCUUGAAGAGAGUUCUGAGGUGCAGCUGGUCGGUGCUGUACGACGAUGACAGGACAUUCCCGGGCGGUGAACCACUGGCCUGGCUGGCAAGGUGUAGAGAAAAGAUGUUGAAAGGUCAUCAGCAUCACGGCCUGCUUUCUAAGGAGCCGUUUGGGUUGAAGACAGGAUCAAUUAGGAUUUAACUGGAGACUGUCACCAUUGCAGCACGCUGAAAUCUCGAGGUAGAGCCUUGUGUCACCGAGGCAGAGCUCCGAGACAGUGUAUGUGCCUCUUAAGUUUAUCCAGGGCUAGGGGGCGUCUCUGCUGACCACUUGUACCCUUGAGCACGCAGUGAAUGCUUUGCAAACUGUUGCAGAUAACAUGGCCCAGGGCUUGAUUGAAGUGGAGCGAAAGUUUGUUCCAGGGCCUGACACAGAGGAAAGGCUGCAGGAGUUGGGGGGCAUCCUGGAGCACCGGGUCACCUUCCGAGACACCUACUAUGAUACUUCUGAGCUAAGCCUUAUGCGGUCUGACCACUGGCUGCGACAACGAGAAGGUAGUGGAUGGGAGCUCAAAUGCCCUGGAGUAGCGGGUAUCUCAGGACCCCACAAUGAGUAUGUGGAACUCACAUCGGAACCUGCAAUUGUGGCCCAGCUCUUUGAACUGCUGGGGGCUGGGGAGCCGGAGGCCGCAGGUGUGCCUGCUGUCUUGGGUCCCCUGAAGCUGCAAGAAGUAGCUAGUUUUAUAACUACACGAAGUUCCUGGAAGCUGGCCUUAUCUGGUGCCCAGGAACAGGAGCCACUGCUCCGAGUGGAUCUGGAUUCGACAGACUUCGGCUAUGCUGUGGGUGAGGUAGAGGCCAUGGUUCGUGAGAAGGCUGAAGUAGGAGCUGCCCUAGAGAAGAUAUUGAGCUUCAGCAGCAUGCUUGGAGUGCCCGCACAGGAGAAGGCACCCGCCAAGCUCAUGGUAUACCUACAGCUCUUCAGACCUCUGGACUAUCAGCGCCUGCUGGAAGCGAACAGUCCCGGCGAAGCCACAGGGGACUCGGCAUCCUGACAGCAGUUUUUGGGAGCAGGGUUCACUUUACAGGAGGGAAGGGGACUCUGGGAAGCCGCCAUCCACCCCUGGGCCCACUGGGCUCCUUCCCUUACAACAGAGCCUCCUGUCUCCAGCCCUGCCUGGUCUUUCACCCAUUCUCAGCUACCUUUCCUCGAGCCCGCCCUCACGGCUUCCCUCAUCCGUCAGAUGCAAUCUGUGGGCCGCCCCUCUCCCCUGGCCGCUAAGCAGCCUCCAUUGAUUUCCGCUCGUGUUUAUAGGAUUUCCACUUAGCCGUGAUCAGUAGUUAAGCACAGGAAAAUCCCUUGCCACCCCCCCUCCCGUGGUCGAUGCCAUUGAUUCUGCCAGCAGCUCUGAAGCCGCCUUACAGCUGAGUUAGAGAUGCGGGGAAGCGGCAGGGAUUUCCCUGCCUUGGGGUAUAAGGAAUAGCAACAAGGUGGGGAAGUGGCUGGGAACUUCUGUUAGAAAUCUGGAAAUUCUGCUGGGUCUGUCACUGUGAGCAGAGGGUAGAGUGCCCUGUAUGAUAGCCGUUUAGAGAAAAAUCUUGCUCUCCAACCCAGAGAGGGGCAGAAGGAAAAUCGUCAUUGUCAGGACAGGUUCUUGGGGUUUCAGGAAGUCAUACUUCUGUGGAGAAGGCUCUACCCUUUUGUUGCUAUGCAUUUUCUUUCUUACUAGGUCAAAAUAUGCCUUUCUGCCCACCUCAGGUUUCAUAGGCUUUCAUUAUUUGUCAGGCAGGAGGUUGUCUCUUCAGAUUGUGGUGACAAAUUCAGGGCCAGAGUGCCACCUGCUGUUAGCCCUCAGGGUUGUGUUCCCAGCUAGGGUGCAGAAAGAUUUCAGGUGAGCCCUGGCAGUUAGGAGGCAGGCUAGUUUAGGCCACAGCUUAGCAACCUGGAACUCCAUUUGGUUUGAGCUGUACAUGCCUCCCAUCUGACAAUGCACUUGGCCUAGGAUCCUCACCUGCAUGUACUGGGUGCACACACAUCCUUCUAACAAUGCACCUAGGACCCCCACCUGUACCGAGUUACAUUUCUGUCCCACUUCAGACCAUGGAAUAAGCCUCUCCUCCCCCAGCAGACAUAAAAACUCUCCACUUUUGUGGAGAGUUUUUAUUCAAACAUUUUAGAACAUACCCGAGUAUGGAAAAUAGGGAGCUGAUUGGACCUAGACGGGUUUUGGGUACAAGCAGGCUAAGGUAGACCAUGUCCUUUAGGUGAGCUUUUAAGGCAAAUCUUCUAUUUACCGUCCUGUGCCUAUGUAGAAUGAGCAUAUGACUAAAAUCAGAUGCAUCAUGGGAGGGGUCAUGCACAGUGAAGAAAGGCUUAUAGACUCCAAGCCUGUCAAUCAAAAUAGAGAACCAUUCAGAUUAUGCCACUAGGCAAUGACCUUCUCCUUCCCGUAAUUCCCCACUAGAGCAGCACCAGGCAGUGACCCUGGGCGAGGACUGUGGCCACCGCCUUUCACGGUGUAUUCUGGUUUGUACUGUCAUUUCACUUUUGAAUGAAGUUGCCUUGCUACUUGCA